UUAAGCGGCGUAUCCCUUUAAGCGCCUGGCUGGCCGCGCUCACUGUGUGUUUAAGGUCUGGCUCCCUUGUCAAUAUCACACUUUGAAUGUAUCAAUGCAAAGCGAUGGGAAUCUUGCAGACAUGGCUACAAGACGAACGAUUUUAACACUGCUGGCUCUGGCUGGGCUAUUUAGAGCGUCAGUCGCUUUGAGGUGCAACUGCACGCAGUGCGAGAAGACCGACUAUGAGUGCGAGACAGAUGGCGCCUGCAUGGUGUCCACCUCCCACAUCGAGGGCCAGGAGCUCCACAUCCGCAUCUGCAUCACGCAGGACAAGCUGGUGCCUCCGGGGCAGCCCUUCUACUGCCUGAGCGCCGAGGGGCUGCUCAACACCCACUGCUGCUACACUGACUACUGCAACAGCGUCGACCUCAAGGCCCCCAUUGGAACGGCAGAAAAGCAGGCAGGUGAGGGCUGGCUGGGCCCCGUGGAGCUGGUGGCCAUCAUCGCGGGCCCCGUGUUCCUCCUGUGCGUGCUGCUGGUCGUGGGCGUCUUCCUCUUCCAGCACCACCAGCGUGCAUACAGCCACCGGCAGCGGCUGGACGUGGAGGACCCCUCCUGUGACCAUCUCUAUCUGGCCAAGGACAAGACCCUGCAGGACCUCAUAUUUGACCUGUCCACCUCCGGCUCUGGUUCUGGCCUGCCCCUGUUUGUACAGCGGACUGUGGCACGGACCAUCGUGCUGCAGGAGAUCAUCGGGAAAGGCCGCUUCGGGGAGGUGUGGCGAGGCAGGUGGCGCGGUGGCGAUGUGGCCGUCAAGAUCUUCUCAUCCCGCGAGGAACGUUCCUGGUUCCGCGAGGCUGAAAUCUACCAGACCAUCAUGCUUCGGCAUGAGAACAUCCUCGGCUUCAUCGCGGCCGACAACAAGGACAACGGCACCUGGACUCAGUUGUGGCUGGUGUCAGACUACCACGAGCAUGGUUCCUUGUUUGACUACCUGAACUACUACACGGUCUCCAUCGAGGGCAUGGUUAAGCUGACGCUGUCGGCGGCCAGCGGUCUGGCCCACCUUCACAUGGAGAUCCUAGGCACACAGGGUAAGCCGGGGAUCGCCCACCGCGACCUCAAAUCCAAGAACAUCCUGGUGAAGAAGAACUGCACGUGUGCAAUCGCAGACCUGGGCCUAGCUGUGCGCCACGAGUCCAUCACAGACACCAUCGACAUCGCUCCCAACCAGCGUGUAGGAACCAAGAGGUAUAUGGCUCCCGAGGUCUUGGAUGAGACCAUCAACAUGAAGCACUUUGACUCGUUCAAGUGCGCCGACAUCUACGCUUUGGGCCUUGUGUAUUGGGAGAUCGCACGCCGCUGCAACGCUGGAGGAGUCCACGAAGAGUACCAGCUGCCUUACUACGACCUGGUACCCCCUGACCCGUCCAUCGAGGAGAUGAGGAAGGUGGUGUGUGAGCAGAGGCUUCGCCCCAGUGUGCCCAACUGGUGGCAGAGUUACGAGGCCUUGCGUGUGAUGGCGAAGAUCAUGCGGGAGUGCUGGUACGCCAACGGGGCGGCCCGACUGACAGCUCUGCGCAUCAAGAAGACACUGUCCCAGUUGAGUGUGCAGGAGGACAUCAAGAUCUGAGCACACGUUUGUUGUCAUUUUUUACUAUGCUUCUUGUUGGAGACGCACAAAAGAGGAGACACAGGACAAUUUUAAGAAGACCUGCCAGUUUUUAUAGUCACAGUACAGGUUGUGACGAGGCCUACCUCACAUUUUCAGCCAAAACUACUGAGAACUCGGCCCCUCCUUUCCCACCUAUUCUUUGUUUGCUGUCUGCCCAGCUCUCCCCACACCCACCCAGCCCCCCCUACCCUACCUUACCCAUAAUUGUCCGGCCCUUUCCGAGCUGGCUGCCCAUUUUAAGUGCUACUACUUUCAACAUUUUCUGUUUAUGGCGGGAAUUGUAAUGAUAGUGAUUUUUUUUUCUUUUAUUCUUGUUUUUUUUGUUUAAACUUUCUCCAUUACGCGCAUAUAUAUAUUAAAAACUCUGGCGACCUUCUUUUAACUUUUGUUUUAGGGAUUUUUAGUGGGUAUUUAUUAAUUUUGUGGUAUUCGCUUUACUUGGUGUUUCUUCUUUUCCCUGCAAGGCUGCUUUAUUUUGCUGUGCUGAUAAUGUGAAAAAAAAACUUUUAGAAAAAUAAGGUAAAUUGCCUUGUAAACAUACAGGCAGGGUGUAGCAUCUCCUACGUGUGUUUAGCUCCAGAGAAGCAGGACACAGGCUGGAGAGGGGGACCUACCACACAGGUUAGUGACGGAGAGCGUUCGUACUGUUCCAAACUGUGUGAGCCACAUGCUCAAGAUGAGAAGAGAGGCUCUUUUUAGCUGAUGUAAUUACUAUCCAGGUGCUCGCAAAUCAAGUGGAGACUGUCCAAAAGUCAUGUGAUUGGUGCGCAACCUGCAAAGGUGUCAAAGUGGUGCUCAUAUUGUAGCCACUCCUCUGAGAGCCGAUGUGCAGCUCUCCGAGGCGUCUGAACCAAUCAACUGCUCACGUAUAUAGAUCUGCUGUCACAGGGCUUCUCAUUGGUCCAUCAUUUCAGUAAUUUACACGAACAAUCCUUUCCAAAUAAUCACAGCGUCGAAUGCUUCAUCGUGCUGUAUAUGCAUCGGUCUCAACAUUUUGAAACGGUGAAGGUUUCCAGUAACCUUUACAGCCAAGAAGUAGCCGUGAUGAGUUUGCAGGACACCAGGGAAGCCAAUUAAUGUGACAGUGCUGUGCAACCAGUAAGAUGGACUGGCUUUGAGCCGGAGACUCCCCACGUCACCACUUACAGCCAGUUGCAGAGUGUAUAGUGAGAGUGGUUUGCAGGAAAAGAGAGGUUUCUUGGUGACAUUGCCACUCAGGCUCAAAAUGCUGCUAGUCCCGAAAGAUAAUUUUUCCCUUUAUUCACUGAUGGUAUCCGAAACACUGAGCAAAUGAAGUGAAUGAAAUGGCAGUUUGUAAAAUAUCUGUAUUCUGUACAUAGAUGAGUCCAGUCAUUUCGUCCCACUUCACAAACUACUGUAUUCUUCUUUUCCCCAUGAGAUACAAGGUACAAAUGAUCUGUAAUAAACUGAACGUUUACAACUUCAA